AUGUCUCGAAUUAACUCAUAUUCCUCAGAGCUCAAAGAACAAAUCAACACAUUGGAAGAGCAAAUUAUGCAAACGGUGAGAGAUCAAUCGCAGGUUGGUCGCUCUGCAGAGGACGAUAUUGAGGAAGCGAAGCAGACGAUUAACGACCUGUUUGCUCGUAUCAUCGAAAUCAAAGAAAAGGCGGCGCAUUCGGAAGAGCUGGUCCAGGUGAUUUGCAAAAACAUCUCCAAGCUAGACGCGGCCAAGCGAAAUCUGACCGAGAGUCUCAACGCCUUGGCUCGAUUGCAAAUGUUUGUCUCCUCGCUGGACGCUGCCGAAGAAAUCCAAGGCACGCAUCAGUACAUCAAGGCCUCGCGCAGCCUGGGAGCCGUUCUCCAGCUCAGUUCGUUCUUCGAGAAAUACCACGAGAUCGAAAGUAUCGCUGCGCUGCUGCAGCGCGUGCAGACGCUGCGCGACUCAUUCUGCUCGCUGAUCUUCGGCGAUUUCGACCAAGUGGAGGACUUGGUGUACACGUUCGAAGAGGGAUCCAACCAGCCGAUCACCGAAGACAUGCUGGAAGAGAUGGAGAAGCAGGAAGCCGGAUUUGAUGACCAGCUCGUGACUCGCGGACGACUGCAAGCCGCUUGCUAUGUGAUCAACGCGAUGGGCGAAGAGACGCGAGGCCGCUUGAUCCAGUCGUUCUGCGUGAACCAGCUGAAGAACUACGACGCGCUGUUCAUGCCGGGAAGUGCCGGAGAAGGGCUGGAUCAGAUGGAGCGACGCUUCCAUUGGUUCUGGAAGACGCUCUCGGACUAUGAGGCCAAGUACCAAUGUCUCUUCCCGUUCAAUUGGCACGUGGAUGCGCACCUUCUCCAAGCGUUCUGCGAGAAGACCAAAGAGCACGUGGAAACGGUACUGAAACGCUUCGAAACGCCCGAAAUGGUGGACGUGCCGCUGCUGGUCAACGCGCUGCGAACCACGAUGCAGUUCGAGCGAGAGCUGGUGCUGAAGAUGGAUCUGGGCAUAAAGAAUGUGCCGCCGGAGAAUUUCCCGUACGAGCUGGACGAGGAGGGGCAGAUCGUGGAUAGCCAGAGUCCCGCGGGGAUUCGGCUCCGCUACGAGCGUCUCCGAAAGCGAGUAGAGGUGGAUGGGAGUUCUGAGCGGCAGGAAGAGCGCGAGGCGCAGAAAGCAGCGGAGAAAGAGCGCGUGGAGGCGGAGGGAAAGACGUACAGCGAUCCGCUGGUCGAAACGGGGAGUGGAUUGAACGAUAGGACGCGCUGCCCUGUUUCCUGGGCUUCAUUUCGAACAUCUUCGACCCAAGCAGAACUUCGAUCGGUUGCUGGCGCGGCUGUCGAAGGGCGACGAACUGGCGACGGGAGGCGACUUGCCGGUCCUGCAGGGCGCGGUGAAGCUGUUCCAGUACCUGAAAGAAACGAUCUCGCGAUGUGCGACGAUGAGCAUGGGCGAGACCUUGGUGAGUCUGGUGAGGUGGGGACAAAGGAAAAGGGAGUGAGGCGUAGCGAGGUGAAAUCGACGCUGGGCGGAUACCAGAAAGCGCUGGAAGACAAACUGCCGCACUCGAAGAGUCGCGAUAGCUUCGGCGACGACUGCGUGAAAUUCAAGAAGGACACGGACCGCGAUUAUGUCUGCUAUUGCAUCAACACAGCGGCGUACAUCGCCGAGAUGAUUCCGCAGCUCGAGCAGAUGGCGCGAAAUCUGGCCGAAGCGAAGGUCCGCGAGUCGAUCGAUCUGCAGAGCGACCUGCUGGACGCGUAUUACAACACGGUGAGCCUGGGAAUCAAAACGUUGGUCAGCGGAGAAUACGCGAAGGUCGAGAACGUGCUCUACGGAAUGACCAGCAUUAAUUGGGCCACCUUCGACAACAUCGGCGAUCAGAGCGGGUAUGUUUCCACGAUUUCCACGACGCUGUGCAACGAAUAUCCGAAUAUUCGGAACCUGCUCUCUCGGAUUUACUUCCGAAACUUCUGCGAUCGCAUGGCGAUGCAGUUCCUGCCUCGUUUCUUGGACUGUGUGAGCCGAUGCAAGCACGUGAACGAAAUGAGCGCGCAGCAAAUGCUCCUCGAUCUGCACUCGCUUAAAACACUCUUCUUGAAACUUCCGAUUGUUGGACAGAACGAAACCGAUGAGUUCAAAUAUGUGAUUCCUCCCACGUAA